CUCAUGCCAGCCCGACGCCAGCGGCCCGCGGAUCCGUGAGGCCGCUCCCGGCGGGAUGAGGCUGCCGGUGUCGCUGUGGCUGCCGCUGGCCCUGGCGGUGGCCGCGGUGGCCGCGGUGGCCGCGGGGCAGUCCCCGCUGCAGCGGCGCGUGGUGCGCGAUGUGCUGGAGUAUUUCCACGGGCGCAGCAACGUGCACUUCCUCUUCAAGGAGCGGGAGCUGGACGGGGUCAUCGAGCGGGAGGACCCUUCGGGGACCUUCGUGCAGCUCCGCCUGGGCCUGGCACAGACCACGUGCCGGAAGCGAGCGCCGCAGCGGCACUGCCGGGUCCUGGAGAGCCGGAGGAAGCCAACCUGCCUGGCCUGCUACAAGUUCGACACCGGUGAGGUCCCCAAGGUGCUGGACAAGUACCACAACUGCGGCCCCAGCCACCACCUGGCGGCUAAGGAGAUCCGGCAGAGGGACGAAGCCGAGUGCCGGGCGGUGGAGGAGGCCGGCAGAGGGGGGGACACGCCCUACCUGCCCGGGAUGUUCGCCUUCUCCCGGGGGCUGCCAGCCUAGCCCCCUCCGUGUCCCCUUUCAGGCACCACGGCACCGAUGGACGCUGCCACGGCCUGCCCCGCUUGUCACCCCCCAGCCCCGUGUGACCAAGGAGGGUCCCGGACGUGUCCCCCCCCCCCCGCCUGUCCCCUCUCUGCAGUAAAGCCAGCGCUGGCUCCGC